AUGAAUAUGGGUACUCCAAUACAAUCGGUGUAUGGUUUAUUUGACACAGGAAGUAGUUUGUCAUGGUUCAAAUGCAACCAAGAGCCUAUUGAUAAACCAAAAACCUGGUACUUUAACCAAACACGAUCAUCUAGCUAUCAAGUUGUAAGCUGUAAUGACAAGCAAAAGUGUAACACUGAUAAGUACAAAUGGUUUAUUAAAGGUUGCGACAAAGAAACAAGGUGUUUAUUUGAUAUUACAUAUGCAGAUAAAGACUGGGCUACCGGAUAUCUGUCUAUGGAACGAAUCAUAUUUAGAAUUGGUUAUGUUAAGAUAUUGAUACAAUUCAGGUUUGGAUGCAGUUUUCUUGACACCACCAAAUCGCCGGGGAUUAUAGGUGCAAACAACAAUGAGUACUCUCUCCCAAGACAAUUGUACGCAGAUGACCCCAAGUUUUCGUACUGCAUAUCAAGUGACCUAAGUCAAAUCAAUGUAAUCUUAUUGGGUCCUGAAGCAAGGAUCCAAGGCCAACCCGUAAAAAUGUUAACAAACCCCAACUAUGAUUUUUAUUAUAUUGAAGUCCUUGCCAUCGGAGUGAAUAAUGAGAGGUUAGAUGUGCCACCAUCAGUAUUCAAGAUGUCGGAAUCCGGGACAAGAGGCUUCAUCAUAGACUCAGGCACCGCCUCAACUUGGUUAGCCUCAGAGGCUUACGACGCCUUGAUGAAGAAGAUGGUGCAAUUGUUCGGUCCUCCAGUUCAAUACACUGUCCAGGGUGACGUACAUUUUGAGAUAUGUUACGAAAGUGGAAAGUUUGUAAAUGGGAGGCCGCCUGUUAUAGGAUUUGAGUUCGAGAAUUAUUUGCUAGAGAUUGAGGAGAAAAAUAUGUGGUAUAAGGUUCCAAGUUCAACCUUGCAAUGCUUGCUAAUAUUUAACGGACUGGACGACAAGGUAUCCACCCUUGGAAAUUAUCAACUUCUUGAUGUUAAUGUUGGGUAUGAUCCUAAUAAGGGACUCUUGUAUUUUGAUAAGCUCUUAUGCCCUACAAUAUGA